GCACCGCGGUCCCGCUCAACAAGUUCCCCCGCCGCCGCCGCGGGCACCUGCCGGAGCGGCCCCCCCCCCCCCCCGAGCCCCGUCUCCGCAACGCAGCGCCGGGCUCCGAUGAGGGCAGCGGGCGAGAGCGCGGCGGCGGCGGCUGCCUCUAGCGAGCGCUCCGGCGGCCGCAGCUGAGCGGUACCGAGAGCCGCUCGGGGCGGGCGGAGCGCGGCCAGCCGGGGGCAGCCUGCGGCCCCAGCCGCGCUGCUUCUCGCCGCCAGCCCGCCCCGGCGUCCGGAGGGAGAUGCGGCGCCCAGCGAGCGCCCAGACCCGCGCCCGGCAGUGAGGAGCACGAGGCAUCAUGGUGAGUAAGGAGCCCAGCAAAUGCUUACUCACCACCUCGGAAAGCGAAGUUGAGCCUGCAGCUUCGCUCGCUUUGGAGAUGAAAUAUGCACUGGAUCCCAACCGGCAGAUAAAGAAACGCAACAAAGCCCUGCAGGUGAGAUUUAAGGAUAUCUGCGAGGCCCAGAACGAGCAGCGGGACAAGCAGCUCUCCACCACCCAGGAUACAGACAAAAGAGAAGCCAAGCCCGUUUCCUACAAGACGGCGUAUCGCAAAUACAUGACGGUGCCGGCCCGGAGGUCCAUCCCCAACGUCACCAAGAGCACAGGAGUUCAGACAUCCCCCGAUCUCAAGAAGUGUUACCAGACCUUUCCUCUGGACCGGAAAAAAGGGAAUAUCAUUAAAAGCGCCUCGGCCGUUGACACCUUUAAGAGUGAAAACAACGGCUUCCUGAUAGACAUUAAGGAGAAGGACAGCAGGAGCUCGGAGGACGGCAGUCAGUGGGGCAAGAAGGCCGGCAGCCUGCAGACGGCCGAGUUCAUCUCCCACGUGGGUGAGCGGGCAAGCACGGGGCCUGGCGCAGCCUGGACCUGGCAGGGCGCUGAGCUGCACGGCUGCAGCCUCCUCAACGCGGCCGAGCCCGGCAAGGGCAAGCCGGGAGCCGAGGAGUCGGGCCAGCCCCUCCACGGGAGGGUGUUUAAGACAGAAGUGGCCACCGUCUACCUACCGGCCGGCGGCCCGGACGCCUCGCAGCCCGAGCCCGACUGGUCGCUGUGCCCGGCGGGCGAGGAGGACAAAAAGAGGACCGUGCAUGUGAAUGGCGUGCAGGGCCAGGCGGGAGAUGCGGCCGCCUGCCCGCCGCAGGCGCAGUGCCGGGCCAGCGAAUGUAGCGAGCGGGGCCUGCAGGUGAACGCGGCGCCCAUGGAGGCUGCGCAGCCCUGCCAGGCUGCCGUCGCCCUGAGCGAGGAAUGCCAACAAAUCGUGCCUCACACGGAAGUUGUGGACUUGAAAGCGCAGCUUCAGAUGAUGGAAAAUUUGAUCAGCUCGAGUCAGGAAACCAUCAAAGUGUUGUUGGGUGUCAUACAGGAGCUAGAGAAAGGAGAAGCUCACAGAGAAGGGCUUUCAUAUCGGACCGGUCAAGACACGGCCAACUGCGACACGUGCAGGAACAGCGCGUGUAUCAUCUACAGUGUGGAAUUGGAUUUCAAGCAGCAAGAAGAUAAACUACAGCCAGUUUUGAGAAAACUUCAUCCUAUUGAGGAAACUCAGGUUGCACCUUUGCCUUAUUCUCAGGAGAGCUACUCCUCAACUCCCAAGCAAAAAUCCAAAACUGAAUCAAAAAAGCAUGGAAGAUGGAAACUCUGGUUCCUUUAACCAAGUCCAUUAGCUGUGGAGUUCAAGGCCUUCUCUGAAAUAUACUUGGAGUUCUGUCAAUCAUCUCCACGGGAUCUCGGUGCGUUGCUCCGUGCCGCCGGCCCGUGCUGCUCUGACUACUGGCAGCGUUCAGUUCUCACCAUACGUACCAAAAAGGCCUUUGUACCUACAAACUCGUGUUCAGAAGCAAGGGGUGAUGUGGCACCUCGUCAGCUUUUAUUUGCGGUUCACCAAUGUGGGAUGUAAAACCUGAAUUGGAAUUUAUACAAAGAUGGAAAGGAAAACUUAUUCCCUCCCCCUCCCUUAGAUCUGAGAGCAUCGCAUUCUGACCUGUUAAAUCGUAGGCUGUCAUCCUGUACACAGCUAAAUAUCACUCUUGUGUUAAAGCCUUUUGGGGGUUUGGUUUAUCGUCUUUAAAUAACGAGGGGGGAAAAAAGAAAAAGCAAGCAAGCCUUAUGUAUGCAGUGAUCUUCAGUUUUACAAAUCCAUGUUGAUUGGGGAGUGCAGUUUUCAGCACAUCUAUCCUGGACAAAGCACAAUUUUUCAUGUGGUCCAAGACCAUGAAUACUCUCUGAGAUGUGACUAUAUGUGUAUUUGCCUUCAUGUGUUGUAGACUUCAGCCAAGCUCUCACGUUUUGACAAUGCACCAUCAGUUCUAGUUUAGCUGUGUCCCCACCACCAGGCAAACAAGGCUGCUGCCCAUCACCAGCAGGUGGGCAGUGAGAAAUGUCCCAGGUCAGGACAGGCCUUAACCACAGCAAGCUGACAGGGUCAAGGCUACAGAACAAUAAGCCGUCCUAAAUCUCACUUUUAAUCUCUUGCUGCCCCAAAGCUCUAAACGACACAUUCUGGCACAGAAAAAAAAGACAACAAUCUGAAAAACACAAAAUGAACAAUAAAAAGUUGUACGGCUUGCUGGCACUUGCCAUGAUUUAGUAUCCUUUUCUAAGGCAGACUUUGGAAAACCUCUACAUUACUGCAGAAGGCACCAUAAAUUUUAUAGCACUCAUUAUGCUGUGAAACCUGUCAGGAAGGAGGCAGCAAUUUUAGAAGCUGUUUAUUUACCAAGCUUCUCAGAUGGGUUUCUCAGCCAACACGUUACAAUUUAUACCCAUAUCUAUUAAUUGUACUAACUGACCAGCACUCUCCUAGGGAGGAAAUGUUUAUUUUUCCUUUUUAUUUCUUCUUUUUACGUUGCUCUGAAUUAUAAACUGAAAAUGUUUCCUUCAUGUACUUGUUGCUGUCAUUAAGCUCAUAUCUAGAACGACCACAUCUCACACUGGAAGCGGAUAGGGACAGGGAAUGCUGCUGUGUUGGGUCUCUUUUAAGAAGUCAUAGAAUCAUAGAAUCACCAAGGUUGGAAAAGACCUAAAAGCUCAUCCAGUCCAACCGUUCACCUAUUACCAACAGCUCCCACUAAACCAUGUCCCUCAACGCAACAUCCAGCCUUUCCUUGAACACCCCCAGGCUUGGUGACUCCACCACCUCCCUGUGCAUCCAUUGCAGUGCCUGACCACCCUUUCUGAAAAGUAAUACUUCCUCAUGUCCAGCCUGAAUCUCCCCUGCCGUAGCUUGAAACCAUUCCCCCUGGUCCUAUCACUAAUGACACGAGAGAAGAGGCCGACCCCCAGCUCACUACAACCUCCCUUCAGGAAGUUAUAGAGAGCAAUGAGGUCUCCCCUGAGCCUCCUCUUCUCCAGGCUGAACAUUCCCAGCUCCUUCAGCCUCUCCUCAUCAGCCCUGUGUUCCAGACCCCUCACCAUUUCGUUGCCCUCCUUUGAACACGUUCCAGGGCCUCAAUAUCUUUUCUUGCAGUGAGGGGCCCAAAACUGGACACAGUACUCGAGGUGCGGCCUCACCAGUGCUGAAUAUAGGGGAACAAGUCAUACAGAGUUACGUGGCAGCCUGCUUUACUAAGAUCUGCUUGAGAUUUCACACCCUGCAGCAUCACUGAGACAGGAAUUUUUUAGUCUAUAGAUGGUAGAAACACCAUGAGUAGCAGAUGAGUUUGCACAUACUACCAACUUGAAAUGUUUUCUCUGAGCUCAACAUCCAACCCGUAACUACAAGAAAAUCUGAGGAGAAACACAUGCCUGUUUGCUAUGGGGAAAAGGUAAGAACAAAGUUAGAAUGGGAACAGACAUGCAGAAGAUGCUAAUGUCCACCUCAAAAUGAAUUUCAGCGUGCUUUACUGAAAAGGUCACUUUGUAGGAAACCUCAAGAGGGCUACGAGUUCUUGUACAUACAUAAACAAUAUCCUGAAAUGCUCUGAAAGGCAAAGGAUCAAAUGAGGUGACCGGACCCUGCGUACCAGGAAGGAAGUGCAAUUGUUUCACGAGGAAGAAGUGUGUUUUGUGUAUUUUAUACCGUUUUUAAUUAAAGAUACCAAACUGUCUACGAGGCAGCUCGCCUCACAUGCUCUAGAAACCCACCCAGUUACUCCCAAACGAGAAAAUCUAUUUUUUUUUUCCCCCUAAAACGAAAUAUCAAACGUGGCUAUAACAAAAAGAUACAACAAUAUUCAGCAUUUCAAACUAAUGGCAAUCACUUACAGAUUUCUAUAUGCUACCGCGCCAUUUAAUUAAAGAAAUUAAAUCAAGCAUCUCUCAGCGGCAACCAAUUACAAACCGUUAGCGUCACCUCAUCAGCAGCUUUCCCCAUCACCCUGUUCUCCAUGUCCUCACGUGCAGGGACUGACACAAAGCUCAGCUGCGGUUCUGCCUCGCUCAGAGCCCAGGGUUCUGCAUGUCACACCACGGAGGAAAUCUCACCGGUGGAACACGUGAGAGCUCCACAGGAAGGUUCUCUCGGCGUGUCCUGGACACGGUCAGCCUAUUUUCUUACAGAGUUGCAGAUUUUUAAUUUUUUACAUUUUUUUAAAAAAGGAAAAAGCCGACAUACAUCCGGUCUUUGCUUCGACUUCCAUACGGCGUCCUAUGGUACCAUACCAUGUAAUUUGUAAUAAAAUGUUUUUGCAAGUGUGUAAAAAGUAUCAUAUUGUAUUGCCUUUAGAACCGCUCAGGCUCAGCCUGGGUACCCAGAGAGAACCCUCAUUCUUCAGAGCUUUUGGUCAAUGUGACACGAUGCUCUUUUCACCCUCGUGCAGAACACCUGAAACUCAGCUAUGAGGCGAUAGCAGAGAGAAAUAGAUCCUCACUUUCAGCGUGGCACAUGACACAGUUUUGCCAUAUUCACCACACACUGAUUUGCUACAUGCACUUCUCUCAUAUCACGCCGAAGCUAAUUUUCAGUCAAUAAAUACUGCAGUGACUUUAUAUUGCUGUUUUCCAAGUCCGUAUCAUUUCCACUAAGCAGCAGUUCUUUGUUUUAUAACUACUAGGAAACACUAUUCAUGUACGUAUCACUUGUUUUCUUAAAGGAGGAUUAAAAAAAAAUCACUGUAAAAAUAGUUUAACGAUCAGGAUAAACUGAGGAAGAAUUGAUGAUUAAAACUGAAAAAUCCUACCAUCAGUACAAAGUGUUUGCUUUUUCUUGUUUCAGGUGCAAAACCGUCCGUGCUGGUCAUUUCACUCAGCGUGUUAAUGGUUCAUCAGGUAUUUAAAAUGGGGACAGAUUUGUUUCUCGGGAACACUUCCAACCCCAAGCCACCGAC